CCUCCCAUCCACACUCAUUGGUCCUAUGAGACAAAACCACUCUCAUCACUCCCUCCCCCUAUCAGUCUCGGCCAAGAUCAAAAGAAGGUGAGAAAAAGAAGCUCUAAGUCCAUCUUCCAUUGCUGCAAAUCAAGCUCAAGCAAGGUUGUUCCAAGGGGGAAGAUUAAGAAGAAAAAAGUGAGGGAAAAGUGUGAAUAAUUAAGGUGUUUCUAGAGUUCGCCGGAGUUCGCCGGAGUUUCGCCGGAGUUUCGUCGAAGUUCAACCGUGGAGCGUAGAACACGCUAAAGGCUCAUUUAAGAUUUUUCAGGUAUACUACUUAAAGGUCAGAUUUUUCAGAUUUUUCAGGUAUACUACUUAAAGGUCAGAUUUUUCAGGUUUCUAUGAUAUAUGACACACUGCCCAGGAUGCAAAAAGCUUGAGAGAUCGUUUGCAGUUUGAGCUGAACGAGUUUCAUCUGGAGUGCAUGCACAAAAUGAAUACCACGCCUUCUAACACUCCUGAGAGUAGCCGACUUCAGAAGAAUCAAAGACGUAGGGAGAGAUAUGCUUCAAACGAAAGUCGUCGAGCAGAGAUGAACUUGAAGAGGAGAAAUGCGUAUGCAUCAAUGGACCCUGAGAAGAAAAGAAAGAUGUUAGACGAUCUAAAUCAACGUCGUAGAAACAAAUUUAAUGCAUCUAUCCCGUUACGAACGGGAAACGCUCGUUCGGGUAUGAUUUGACAUUAUUUAAUUUGUCCAUUUCGUUUGAAUUGUGUCGUGCAAACGCACAACUGACUUGAUCUUUUCCUACUAUUUUUGGAUCCAUCAAUGUCAUGCUACUCCAAAUUCACAAACACGUUCAAACAAUCGUACGAUGACAUACCAUGGAAUGAAUAUUGCUCCAAUAGAUUCCAAUCGUCCAGCGUCUUCCCUUGGUAUGCAACCAAUGUCAUACGGUUCUUCGCUUCAAGAUUCUAUCGAGACGGAAGCACCAAAUACUGUUCCUCCAUUCCAUACAAUUCAUGAAGAAAUAUCACCACAUACUCCACAAUUCGGAGAUUGCUCCACACAAAAUAUUAUUCACCUGCGGCUUCCAGAACAGAGUUUUAUUCUUAAAGAUUGUAUGCCAUGUCAAUAUUGCGAAGCUAUUCGAUUUCAAUAUGAGCCCCCUGAUUUUUGUUGCUCUACUGGACAAGUAGUGUUGGUGUCGAAUGAAAUGCCAGCCCUUCUAAAACGGUACUUUUGUGAAAAAGAUGAAGCGGCUCGCCAUUUUCAAACAUGUGUUCGAACAUAUAACAACACAUUUGCAUUUACUUCCUUAGGCAUCCACAACUAUGAUAGGGAAUUAUCAAAGCGGAACAAGGGGAUUUAUACGUUCAAGGUGCAAGGUCAAAUGUACCAUUUUAUCAAUGAUUUGAUACCGACCGACAAACCCCCCAAAAAUCUCCAACUUUAUUUCUUCGAUACUGAGCAUGAAAUCGAAAACAGGAUCAACGGAGCUGAGCGCAUGGAUGCAUGUGUUGUAAAGGACAUUAUUAGUGUCCUAGAAAGCAAUCCGUACUCACAAUUUUUUAGAACUCUUCAAGAUGUAUCAAGUCUUGAAGAUUAUAAUAUUGUGAUACGGUCAAAUACACAUGUUGACCAACGCGUGUUCAAUAAACCAACCGCCUCUCAAGUAGCUGCAAUUUGGAUAGACGAAGGAGAUUGUGGCUCACAAAACAGCCGUGAUAUAAGAGUGUACGCAAAAAGUGGUAGAUCACACUCUGUACAAUACUAUUAUGGCUGUUACGAUCCAUUACAAUACCCUCUGUUGUUCCCAAAAGGUGAAAGUGGUUGGCAUGAAGGAAUACAAAAAUUCCCUAAAAAAACACACCCAAGCUCUCGCACAUGUCCACAAUCUCUACACCCUAAUCAAUUUUCCUCCAUUGACGUUUUGUUUGAAAGUGAGAAUUUCAAUUCUGCUACAACAAAUAAAAGAAACACCGUCUCCUGUAGAGAAUACUACGCUUACCAUUUUCAAAUUCGACCAAAUAAUGACUCUGCAAUUCUCCAUUCUGGUAGACCUUUUCAACAAUUCAUUGUGGACAUGUAUAUUAAGAUUGAGACACAAAGGCUGGACUAUUUCCGAAUACAGCAACGUGAUAUUCGAACCGAAAGCAUGCAAGGGUUAAUGGAUAGUAUCGCUAUGGGAGAAACAAGUGCUUCAAAUGUUGGGCAGCGGGUAAUUCUACCACCUUCUUUUAUUGGGGGGCCCAGAGACAUGCGUAGGAGGUACAUGGAUGCAAUGGCUUUGGUCCAACAUUACGGGAAGCCAGACAUUUUCCUAACAAUGACAUGUAAUCCGAAUUGGCCGGAAAUUAAAAACCUUUUGCAACAUAAUGAUGAGGCUCAAAAUAGACCAGAUUUGAUUGCAAGGGUGUUUCGAGCGAAGAUAGAAGAACUAAAGGUUGACCUCAUAAAGAAAAAGUUGUUAGGUGCAGUAAUUGCAUAUACCUAUGUGAUUGAAUUUCAAAAAAGAGGCCUCCCACAUGCUCAUUUCUUAUUGAUACUAGGGAGAAACCAUAAGUACCGUACAAGCGUUGAAAUUGAUACACUUAUCAGUGCUGAAAUACCAGAUCCAGUGGAAACACCAGCAUUGCAUGCUUUAGUAGCAAAACAUAUGAUGCACGGUCCUUGUGGUUCCAUUAACCCUGACAAUCCUUGCAUGACCAAGAAAAUGGGUGUCUCAGUUUGCAAGAAUAAAUAUCCUAGAGAUUAUUCUGAGACAACAAUAUUGGGUGAUAACUCAUAUCCCAUUUAUAAGCGUUGGCGAAACUCAAGAUGUCUUACAGUACGGGGAAAACGUUUGGAUAAUAGAUGGGUCGUCCCUUAUAACCCUUAUCUAUUGUCAAAGUAUGACUGUCAUAUUAAUGUUGAGAUAUGUGCCCGUAUCAAAUGUGUCAAGUACAUUUACAAAUACAUUUACAAAGGCCAUGAUCGAGUUACAAUCAAUUUAUGCCCCGGGGAAGAGAAUGAUGCAAUUAAUGAAAUUGAAGACUUCCAAAAAGCUCGGUGGGUGUCCCCUCCUGAAGCUGCUUGGAGAAUAUAUGCUUUCUCCCUUUCAGAAAUCAAACCAUCUGUUGUACAUUUGCCUAUUCAUUUGGAGAACUACCAAUAUAUGAGGUUUGAUAACAAGAAAAAGUUGUCUAACCUUGUAGAAAAUGAAUUGAGCCAAAGAACAAUGUUGACUCAGUUCUUUUCAAUGAACACAACAGAUGAAACAGCUAAGAGGAUAAAUUUGUUGUAUGUCCAUUUUCCAGAGUACUUUGUUUGGGUCGAGAAAGACAAGAAAUGGGCUCCACGUAAGAAAAGGGAAGUGAUUGGGAGGCUUGUGAGUGUGAACCCCGCAGAAGGUGAUAGGUACUAUUUGCGGUUGCUAUUGAUGAAUGUAAAAGCACCGAAGUCAUACGAACACCUUAAAACGGUGGGUUCAGAUGUCACUGCAACUUUUAGAGAAGCUGCACAAAAGUUGGGGUUAUUACAAAGCGAUCAAGUCAUACAACAAUGUAUGGAAGAAGCAAUGUGUUGGCAAAUGCCUUUCAGCUUUCGUAAACUAUUUGCAACACUACUCGCAUUUUGUGAUAUUGCUCAGCCACGUGAAUUGUGGCUGCAAUAUAAAGAACACCUAUGUGAGGAUCUACUACGGUUUUCAACAAAUAACCUCGACGCAGAAUACACUUGCCUCCUCCAAAUGAACGAUGCACUUGCAACCAUUGGAAGGAAUAUCAAUGAUUUUUCAUUGGUCCCUUUUCAUAUUGGUAUUACGAAAGAGCAAAGAGUUCAAAAGGAGAUAGAAGCAGAACGGAGUUUGCUGCCUAAUGAAGUUGACUUAUUAGCUAUUCAAUCGUUGAAUACACCUCAACAAGCAGCAUUCGACACAAUCAUAAGUCGUGUUCACUCUGGUAAUGGGGGAGUAUUCUUCGUAGAUGGGCCGGGCGGUACCGGAAAAACUUUUUUGUAUCGAUGUCUCUUGGCAAAAGUACGAUCACAACGUGAAAUUGCACUUGCAACAGCAACCUCUGGUGUUGCAGCUUCACUCUUGCCCGGUGGCCGAACAGCCCAUUCUAGGUUCAAAAUACCGAUAAACACAGAUGAUAGGUUUGUGUGCAAUAUCGGAAAGCAAAGUGCUGAAGCAACAUUAAUAAAAGACUGCAAGUUGAUUUUGUGGGAUGAAGCAACAAUGGCCAAUCGGAAAACGAUCGAAAAUGUUGACACCACACUCCGAGACAUCACAAAUUAUGAUAGCAUAUUUGGCAAUAAAGUGGUAGUGUUUGGAGGUGAUUUUCGACAAACCUUGCCCGUAAUUAGGGCUGGGAGCAGAAGAGAUUUAAUUGUAGCUAGCUUAGUCAGAUCAGAAACUAUUUGGCCAUCAGUUGAAAGAUUAGUGUUGACCCAAAAUAUGCGAGGUAAAGAAGAUCCAUCUUUUUCAGAAUACUUGAUGCGAGUGGGUAAUGGAACCGAAAAAACUGUUGUCGGAGAUUGUAUUGAAAUUCCAGAAUCAUUUCUUAUUCCAUACACAACAGAAACUGAAUCUUUGAACAGAUUGCUUAACAUGGUGUUCCCAAACCUAAACGAAUUCAUCAAUGACCCAUACCCGCUGAUGAAACGAGCAAUACUGACGACUAAAAAUGAAUUCGUCGAUGACCUAAAUAGCACCUUGAUCUCUGAUAUGCACUAAUUAGUAGUGCAUAAACGUAUAUUUUUAUGAUUGAUUUGUGUGUAUUGUUUACCGUUUUAUUUAGUUUGUAAACAUUUGUGUGAUUUUAGUUGUAAUCGUAUUUUAAUUCUCAUUUAUAAGUUGUAAAGUAUAGUUAGGAUUUGUGGUGUCGGAAAGGAAGACUUUGAAGAGAAGAAAACAAGAAAUUUGACUGCCCAGGAGUGAAACCCGACCGGGUAGAAACCACCACCCGGUCGGGUGUGAUUUAACAGACGAAAUUGCCAAGAAAGUCACUGGACCCGGUCGGGUCCCCUACUUGACCCGGUCGGGUCAGAUGUGACCCGGGACAAAACGACGUGCGAAGAUCACCAGAACAUGGCGGAUUAUCUGAUUUUGACCGGACCCGGUCGGGUAAGUACUAUACCCGGUCGGGUACCCGGCCAAAGGUGUUGAAAAACACCUAUAAAUAGCACACUUUUUCUUCACAAAAAAUCAUCCCUUCUUCCAUACUCUUUAGCUCGGUUUAGAAUAGCAUUUCUUUAUAUUUUCUAGCUAUGUUUAGCCUCCAAAUGAGGAGCUAAACUUCCAUUUUUGGUGUUGCUCUUGAAGCUUGUUGAUUAUUAAAGUUGUGAGUUAUUUUCUUAACUUCUUUCCUUGAAUAUUAAUUAAUAGUUCUUUCCUUAAUAUCAUCUCUAUAUUAAUGUUGGGGAGUGAUACGUUCGUAAUUUCCAUUUCUAUGUUUAUGUUUUUAAUUAGUUUUGCUUGACUUUUACUUUGGAAAUUACACACUUUUGGUGUAAUAGAUUAGAUUGUUAAAUUCUUGUAAAUAGGUUAGAUUAGACAUAUUCUGAGCUUAAGCAGGUUUUGGUCACCCAAAGUACAGUUGGUGAACCCAAAAAGUGAAGAGAAGGUGCAAAAGUUCAAAGACAAAAGAAGAUCCUGAAUUUUGGUCUAUACUCGGUCGAGUAUUAGCUAUACUCGAUCGGGUAUUAGGUUGGAACUUCAAAUCGGAUCAGAUCCGAAGACAAAGGAGCAUGCAGGGAAGAUUUUGGCCACGAUUCUAUGUCUAUACCCGAUCGGGUAGACCGACAUACCCGGUCGGGUAUGCCUUUAAAUUGCAAACGAAGAUCGGUCGAGUAUAGCCCGAAUACCAUUUUCUAAGCAUACUCGACCGGGUAACCCCACCAUACCCGAUCGAGUACAGGAGGCAGGCCGCUCAAAAACUUCACUUUCCAGCCAUACCCGACCGAGUACCAUCACAUACUCGAUCGGGUAUACGGGUCUUAUAACCCCAAAUCAGCCUCAAAACACUUCAUCUUCCCCAAAUUCCCAACCCCAUCUCGAACAAAAAACGCCCAAACCCCAUUUUUACACCUUCUCUCUACCAUAUCUCUUCCAAAUCUUCACCAAAUCCACCCAUUCCAACGCCAAAACACUCCCCUCAUCCUCCUCUACACAUUCAUACCCAACAAUCCCAUUCUCCCCCAACUUUCAGAGGUCCGAAAAACCCUACCCCACCAUUCCAAUUUCGGUUUUCAAAGGCCAAAAUCACUUCAAAUGGCUCCAAGGAAAGAGAAAGGGCAGAGCUCAAGCACUAGGACAAUCAUCCCGGGCUACGAGGACAUCCUUUUCGUGGACAACGAACAACGCACACGCUUCUUGUCCACAAUUGAAAGGCAAGUCAAACCUUCCCGCUAUUUAUGCCUUGAUGCUCUAAAGGAAUUAGGAGUAUACACAAUAAUGAAGAAAUUUUUUCAUGAGUUGCAUAUGGAUAAAAUUUUCAAAAUGAAAUACAACUCAAAUGAAAAAAUUAUCUAUGAAUUCCUAAGCUCGGUGCACUUUGAGAACAAUGAGGAGGACUUUAGAGAUGAUAAACUCAGGUUUCGAUUGUUUAAUCACAAUCACACCAUCACGAAACUUGAGUUUUCCGAACACUUUGGUAUUCCGGUCCCGUACCAAAAGUCUAUAUCCGACAAUACCGCCUUCGGCCACACCCUAUGGACCAAGAUGACCGGGGAGACCAAAUUUAGCUCCUCCCAACUAUACAUUAGUCAUGUCCAACAUCCAGUCCUACGCCUCUUUUUGAAAUUCCUUGCCAACUCCUUGCUUGGACGUCCCAACCACCAUCAUACAAGGAUGGGGGAUGUAUGCCUCAUCUCGGUUGCCUUAUUCCGUAUCCACGUGGAUUUCAACCUCUGUAAUCUCAUGUGGGCUCAUCUAAAGAAGGAAAGUGUGGCAAAGGGUGCUAUCGUAGUGGGCGGGGUGAUUAUGCACUUGGCCACAAAGUUCGGGUAUACGGAUGACUCUCCUAUACCCGACUACUGUUUAAUGAACAUAUCUUGGCUAGGCCACUCGGGCUGUACUUCUUUUUCACACACCGUUUAUGGUGAAGAAAGGCCCAAAAAUAUGUACAACUGGCACAUCCACCCCAAACCCCUCAAAUACUUCCUCUUGCCCAACCCAGAACUCCCCCAACUCCACUUCAAAACAGGCAGGCCGGAUCAACAUUACCUUUUCCCAAACGCCCUCCCACCACAUCUUCAAGAACCGGAACAGGAACUCCCCCAAAACCAACCCGAUGACGAGCCCUACGAGCAACUCCAUAGCCAUCCAACCAUGAGCCAUGAUUUCCCAGAACAAAGCCAAAACCCUCCACCACCCGACUUCUUUCAACAACUUCUGGAGGUUCAACAACAACUUCUUACGGGAAUAGCUCAAAUGGACAACCGGCUCAACCGAUUAGAGGAAGAGCAAAGAGCCAGUUUUCAAAGAUUGGAGGAUGAGCAAAGGGCCGGCUUUCAACGUUUGGAGGAGCUCCGGGAGGCCGAUAGACACCGGUAUGAGGAAGACCAACAUAGGUUCUACGGGCCUAUGUACUCGUUUAUGGCACAGCAGGGAUCCUUCCAUACCAUGGCGAACCCUCCUCCACCACCCUCAUGGUAUGACCCCACUCAUUGGGGUAACUUUGGAGGAUCUGGCUCCGAUGGUGGAGGGUACGACGGCGGAGAUGGCGGGGACACUUACAUGGGAGAUGGUGGCCAAGGGAGCGGUUUUGGAGGGAGCUACUACGGAGGAGAAGGCGGGCACUAGGGACAGUGCGUGAUUCAAGUGCGGGGGAGACACUCAUGAUGGUAUGUAAUUCUCAUUUGUACCUAGCACUAUGCAUGUAAUUCUUUUGAACUUUUACACUCAAAAAAAAAAAAAAACAAAAGAAAAUAAAUGCUAGUUAGGUUGAAAACCCAACAAAAUGGGCAAUCUAAUCAAAAAAGGCUUAUAUAAAAAAAUGAGUGAGUUGGAGAGAAUGGAAAAUGAAAAGAGGUGCUAGGAUGAAAACCUGAAAAGGCUCCUAGGCAAAAUGAGAGAUAUGAGAGAAAUGUUUGUUCUUGCAGGCACUCAUUGUAUCCUUAUGAAGAAUAUGAAGAUUCAAGAUAAAGAAGAAGAGAGGAGGAGAAAAGAAGACAACACUAGGAGGCCAUUAAACCCAAGAUGCUCUUUUGUGAUUUGAGUUUAAAACUCAUUUUUUGUAAUCCUUGGUGGUCUUUAUGUUUGUAUUAUCUUUUUGUUGAACUGUGGAACUUUUGGACAAACAUUGACACUUGUAAACAUUUGAUCUUACUCGAGACGAGUAAAGGUUUAAGUGUGGGGGAGUUGAUACGUUCGUAAUUUCCAUUUCUAUGUUUAUGUUUUUAAUUAGUUUUGCUUGACUUUUACUUUGGAAAUUACACACUUUUGGUGUAAUAGAUUAGAUUGUUAAAUUCUUGUAAAUAGGUUAGAUUAGACAUAUUCUGAGCUUAAGCAGGUUUUGGUCACCCAAAGUACAGUUGGUGAACCCAAAAAGUGAAGAGAAGGUGCAAAAGUUCAAAGACAAA